CAGCCCCGCGUGGCUCCCGCGGACAUGGACCUGGCCUGGACCUGGCCUACGUGUGCGAGUGGGAGAAGAAGCCCAAGAGCAACCACUGCCCUUCCAUCCCCCUCGUGUGCGCCUGGUCCUGCCGCAACCUCAUCGCCUUCACCACCGACCUGCGCAACGAGGAGGAGAGAGAUCUCACCCACAUGGUCCAUAUCAUCGACACGGAGCACCCCUGGGACGUCUACUCUGUUAACUCUGGCCACACCGAGGUCAUCACGUGCCUGGAGUGGGAUCAGUCAGGCUCCAGGCUGCUCUCAGCGGACGCCGAUGGCCACAUCAAGUGCUGGAGCAUGACGGAUCACCUGGCCAACAGCUGGGAGAACACGGUGGGCAGCAUGGUGGAGGGGGACCCGGUGGUGGCCCUGUCCUGGCUGCACAACGGCGUGAAGCUGGCGCUGCACGUGGAGAAGUCUGGAGCAUCGAACUUCGGUGAGAAGUUCUCCAGGGUGAAGUUCUCCCCAUCGCUGACGCUGUUCGGGGGGAAGCCCAUGGAGGGCUGGAUCGCCGUGACCAUCAGUGGGCUGGUCACCGUGUCCCUCCUGAAGCCCAACGGGCAAGUGCUGACCUCCACCGAGAGCCUGUGCCGCCUGCGCUGCCGCGUGGCCCUGGCCGACGUCGCCUUCACGGGCGGGGGGAACAUCGUGGUGGCCACGUCGGAUGGCAGCAGCACCUCCCCCGUGCAGUUCUACAAAGUCUGUGUCAGCGUGGUGAAUGAGAAGUGCAAGAUCGACACCGAGAUCCUUCCCUCCCUCUUCAUGCGCUGCACCACCGACCCUGCCCGGAAGGACAAGUACCCAGCCAUCACCCACCUCAAGUUCCUGGCCCGGGACAUGUCGGAGCAGGUGUUGCUUUGUGCCUCCAGCCAAAACAACAGCAUUGUGGAGUGCUGGUCCCUGCGCAAGGAGGGGCUGCCAGUCAACAACAUCUUCCAGCAAAUCUCUCCCGUGGUGGGAGACAAGCAGCCCAUGAUCCUGAAGUGGCGGAUCCUGUCUGCCACCAACGACCUGGACCGCGUGUCGGCCGUGGCGCUGCCCAAGCUGCCAAUAUCCCUGACCAACACGGACCUGAAGGUGGCCAAUGACACCAAGUUCUUCCCUGGACUGGGCCUGGCCUUGGCAUUCCACGACGGCAGCGUGCACAUCGUGCACCGGCUGUCCCUGCAGAUGAUGGCUGUGUUCUACGGCUCCUCCUCGCAGCGCCCCGUGGAUGAGCCCUCCCUGAAGCGCCCGCGCGCCGCGGGGCCCCUCGUGCACUUCAAGGCCAUGCAGCUCUCCUGGACCUCGCUGGCCCUGGCUGGUGUGGACAGCCACGGGAAGCUGAGCAUGCUCCGCAUCUCUCCCUCCAUGGGCCACGUGCUGGACAUGAACAUGUCUCUGCGGCACUUGCUGUUCCUGUUGGAGUACUGCAUGGUGACUGGCUACGACUGGUGGGACAUCCUGCUCCACGUCCAGCCCAGCAUGGUGCAGAACCUGGUGGAGAAGCUGCAUGAGGAGUACAUGCGCCAGAAUGCAGCCCUGCAGCAGGUCCUCUCCACGCGCAUCGUGGCCAUGAAGGCUUCACUGUGCAAACUCUCCUCCAGCACCAUCGCCCGCGUGUGCGACUACCACGCCAAGCUCUUCCUGAUCGCCAUCAGCUGCACCCUCAAGUCGCUGCUGCGCCCACACUUCCUCAACACUCCGGACAAGAGCCCCGGGGAUCGCCUCACCGAGAUCUGCUCCAAGAUCACCGACUCAGACAUUGACAAGGUGAUGAUUAACCUGAAGACAGAAGAGUUUGUCUUGGAGAUGACGACGCUGCAGUCCCUGCAGCAGCUCAUCCAGUGGGUGGGGGAUUUUGUGCUCUACCUGCUGGCCAGCCUUCCCAACCAGGGCUCUCCUGCGCGCCCCGGGCACAGCUUCCUGCGCGACGGCGCGUCCCUCGGCAUGUUCCGCGAGCUGAUGGUGGUGAUCCGCAUCUGGGGGCUGCUGAAGCCGAGCUGCCUCCCGGUGUACACGGCCACCUCCGACACCCAGGACAGCAUGUCCCUGCUCUUCCGGCUCCUGACCAAGCUCUGGCUGUGCUGUCGUGAGGAAAACCACAUCACGGAGCCUGAUGAUGCCCUGAUCGACGAGUGCUGCCUCCUGCCCAGCCAGCUGCUCAUUCCCAACAUCGACUGGCUGCCCAUCAACGACGGCAUCAUCAGCAAGCUGCAGAACAAGCAGCUGGUCCGGCUGCAGUUCGGGAAGGCUCCCGGGCUCGUUGGUCACACUGUCUCUUCCCAGUUCGAUGCCUUCGUCAGGGCUCCUGGACAGCCCAAAAUUGACCACCUGAGGCGGCUGCACCUGGGCGCGUACCCAACGGAGGAGUGCAAGUCCUGCACCAGGUGUGGCUGUGUCACCAUGCUCAAGUCGCCCAACAAGGUGACGGCAGUGAAGCAGUGGGAGCAGCGCUGGAUCAAGAACUGCCUGUGUGGGGGCCUGUGGAGGAAGAUGCCCCUCAGCUACUCCUGA